GCCCAAUAUGAGUUUUGCUACAAAGCUCUUGUGGAAUUCAUAGAUAAUAAAGGUCUAGAGAAUCUGUGAGGGGAAUGUGAAGGCGACUGACUACAGGAAGUAGAGCCUUUUAUUUUAGCAGACUCUGUGGUUACUUUGGAGAUAUAUUUCUCAAUUUUAUGAGGUAACAUCACAGUGGAUUGCAAAUGAUGAACAUUUUAACAUAUACUCAAAGUUUGUAGUGAAUUGCAAAGAUCUGUGCAUUUCAUCUUGUUCCCCUGCAUAUGGUAGGAGAUGGUGAUCUGCAAGUAUGACUUUUAUAGUAGUUUUUUACCGUCAAAGUUAAUGACCUUUUUUAAUUUCUUUUGGAGAAGUUGUGAAGAAUCUCCCACCGGUAAGGUAGCAUCACAGUUGAAUGAAGGGUUAGGGACAGCUGUAGUGAUAGAAAGUCAGUGAUAGAUGUUGCUGUCACUUUUGACUAAGUAAAGAUAGCCGGCCAAAAUGUUCAUGACAAAGUGUAAGGAAGUGAACUUUGGUAAAGAAUAUGGAAAUUGUACAUAGAUAAGAAAGCUUACACAUAAACCCAAAUAAAAACACAAGCACAGUCAAUCACAAACACACAACAACACACACAGAUAAACAAGUAAACAAAUGAACAAACACAGAAACACAAUUAUGAAUACAAAAAAAAAAAGAUUACACAAGAAUGUUAACCAAGUAUACAAUCCUAGUGUUCAGGAAAAUGUUUGGCCUUCAGAGAGAAGCUGACCCCACAGAGUUCCCCUUCAAGUUGCUAGUGACGUUACUGUUGACACAAGCGCGAAGGGAGUCUUUCCUUCGUGUAGUUUAUGCUUGGUUUGAAUACUGUUAACCUUUAGACUGUAGUGACAAUUAAGGUUAUGACUAUAGCAAGUAAUAGACAAUGGCUAGUGCUCAAUUGUAUGUACUAGUAUAUUUUAUUGCUCAUGAUUAUUAUGGCUUAAUUUCUUUUAUAUGAUCAGUAUCUACUUAGGUAAGACAGUUUGUUUUCUCAUUACUUUUUCUUUUUUGAUUUUGAUGUAAUAUUCAGUGUUCAAGAAGAAAGAUUGUUGAUUUGUAAUGUAGGCAUUGAUAUAACCAUGUUAUUGUCACUGUGUUCAUUUACUGCAUAUAUCCAUCUUGUUUUAAAGAUAUACAAAUGUAGGAAAGAUUUACAAAAAGAUGAGAGAAAGAAAAAUAGAAAUAAAGAAAAAAGCAGAUUAUUCUUAAGUGGAACUUGGAUGGAACGGUAGGCUAUAUGUCCAUCAGGCUAUGAAGAUACUUGUUGGGACCAUGAAAUUUUUACAUGUGCAUUUAUGGUACCUUUUUAAGCCCAGGAAGGGAUUUAGCUAAGUGACUCCUGUCAAGACUUUCUAGGAAUGAUGUAUUUUUACUGAUGGUUAUGGUCUUGUACUGCUGCUGUAUCGGUAUUUUUGUUUUGUUUUUUCAGCAUGACUGCAUGGUGUAGUAGGGAGAACUGACAGAAAGCCUUUUUUAUUUGCAGAAAGCAAUUUCUUCCUUUUGCUUCAUUGAUUUAGGAAGUGUGGUAAUUGCUGCUAUCGUGGACUGCGAGGCUGAAAUUUAAAGAACAUUAGAUUGAAUGUAAGAAAACUGAUGAGAUCAGUCAAUUUUAAUCCAUUAUGUAACUGUGUUCGUCUGAAAAAACAUAAUUCAAAUUUGUUUAUUAGGUUCUGCAAAAUAGAAUAUAUACUUUAUGUUUGCAUAUCAAAAAUAACUAUUACUGAUGAAAAUUUGUUGGUGAUAUUACUUAUGAUAAGUUAGAGUAAGAGUAAUAAUUGUUAAUGCAGCUAUUUUGAAUUUACAAAAACAUCAAAGCUAGGGGGUUCACAGUUAAUCCCAUUAUUAUUAUUAUUAUUAUUUUUUUAUUAUUAUUAUUAUUAUUAUUAUUUAUUAUUAUUAUUAUUAUUAUUAUUAUUAUUAUUAUUAUUAUUAUUAACAUUAUUAUUAUUAUUAUUAUUGGAGGGGAAAGAUGAUGGAUAUUCUUCAAAUAUUCAUUUUUUAAAUUUAUUGUGCUUAGUAUGAUCUUUAAAAAUCCCAGUUGCACUCAUUAGUUUUAUGAAAUAUGUCUGUUAUAUUCUGAUAUGCCAUUAUUGAUUGCAAAAUCCAAAAUAUGAAGCAUUUAAUUUAUCAGUUCAUGCUACUACAUCUUAUUUACAUGACUUGCAAAUGGUGGAUGCUUUAAUCCUGUUUGUGCUGUGCAUGACUUGGAGGUUCAGGAUGUUUGUGUUCUGUCAUUAUCAUCUUUUUUUUUUUCUUUUUUUUUCAUGUCUAAACUUUUGUAGUUAUAACCAGAGCAUUUCGGUAUGCUGUGACAAAAUUGUCAAGCCUAUUGAGGUGAGGGUUAAGGAAGUUGUCAGAACAAAUUUCUCCCUUUUGUUUUGAAGCAUCCAUGAAAGCUGUCACAGAGCAUAAACUGGGGGCUGGAAGGUGAUGAAUGUGUGAGAUCCCUGAAUUUGAAUUUCUUGUGCGUUGUAUGAUGAUUCAUUGAGGAUAGAAAAAAUUAACAUCGCCAUUCAUUCAAGUAGCAUUCCUGUUAAAGGACAGUGUCACUUUCUUAACUAUUCUUUCCUGGUACGCUGAAUAUGUGAACAGUCUCUUAGGUUAUUUACCGCUGCAUUGCUUAGUGGGAUUCUUUCUUGGAGGAAACUGCUGCUAUAGCCAAAGAUAUGUUUAGGGUCAGGCAGCUAGGGACAUGCUACAUAUUGUUCUUUCUGCCUUGGUGCAUUGAAGGGCUUGCUUAAUUUGUAAUAAUUUUUCCCUGUAUUCUUUUACUUUUUAUGUCUAUAUUUUGCCUUUCUUUUUCUUUUUUUUCUUAUUUUACUUUUUUUUUUGGUUGAUACUUUCCUUAUUAAAUUUGUCCAUAUUGAUAAUUUUUAAAGUGUAUAAUGAAAGAAUGAAUAUCUGUAAUUGACUUCCCUGUAUUGUAAGGUGAUUUCAGGGUCACAUGAAGGGAUAGCAUUGUGUCGCACAAAUUGAGCUGUACUGGCUCAUUACCAAACUGUUUAAAACUGAAAAAUGUAAAUAUGUAAUUGUUCUACAUGUAUCAUGAACAUCCUAAGCUACUUCCCAACAAGAAUCACUUCUACAUCCUCAAAAAAGGAAAACAUGUACAUUUUUUAAAAGUGACUGCAUGCCGUUCUUGGAACUUUAAGCAGGAACUGAUGGGAGAAGAAAGAAAAAAAAAAAUUUGGCACAGGUGAGCUUCACUCCCAACUGUAAAUAAUCUUACAAUAUAUAUGAUUUAAUUUCAAUGUAAAGCUUGGUUUAAUGUGCUGCUCCAGCAAAAUGUAUGUGAAUUAUUUGCAAUUAAGGUAACCGUAGUUCCUGUACUGGUUCUCUAGGUGAGUGAUUGGUCGUUGAGUGUCAAAUUAAUAGUCUAAAAUAAAAGAAGGUCCACCUUGCCAGUUCCUGACUUGUCCAUAACUCAUAAAAGGGCUGAUCCAUCCCCAAGCUCUCAGUAAGUGUGGGUGCUCUUUCUCUUCGGAGCAUCCAUUUCACGGGUACUAGGUAUAGCUGAAAAAAAGAAAAAAAAAAAAUAUAGAACAAACUUUUAAAAAAUACUGCUUUUCAUAUGCUUUCCUUUGUCUUGUAUUACCUAAUGCUAAUAUUGAUAACCCUAAUUAAAGAUAAAAAAGUGUGAGUAUAUACACCCUGAAAUUGUUUUAGGAAAAUAUUUUCUAUACUCAGUCUGUCCUGAUUAAUUCCAGAUACAUAGGGUAAAAGAGGUGUAGUUAUGUACUUGUUUCAAAGGUUAAAGUAGCUCAUAGAACUAGACGUUAAUGUUCUUAAUUCAAGAACUUGUGAAUAGGAUACAUGUGGCAGAUUAUUCCUAGGUUUGAAUGCCAUCUUUAAGUUGCAUUUUACUUUGUGAAUUUUUGCAUUUCUGGCUUCAGGUGGAUUAUUUCCAUUAUUUUAUUCCUUAAUUGCAUUUUUUAAAUAUCAUUGCACAAGAAUGCAUCUGUGGAGUUGUUGAGAUAUUUUUUCUAUUCCUUUUAUAUUGUGUGUUUUGUGUAGGAUAUAAUAUAGUACUGUUAUUAUAAUUUUUAUUAGAUUUUUCUUUGCAUAUCUCAUUUAUGAUUAGAUAAUUUUACUCUGUUCUGGGGAUGGUGGAUUCACUCAUACCUGAUUAAUUAGUCUGUGGAUAUUUGUAAUUCCUAGACCAUGUCUCUUUAUAAUAAGUUAAUGUUUUUUUGUUGUUCUUUUUUUGCCUGAACAGUAUUGUGGUUUCCACUUUUUAUUUAUUUAUUUUUUACCUGAUGAAUGCAUUGAUAUCUUGUAAUUUAAAUAUAAAACAAAUGAUACAAAAAACCUUUGUAAUAUGUACAGUAUGUUGUCAACAGCAUUCACACUCAAAUAAAACAUAAACACA